AUGUCCAACCCCGACUCCCCCUUCCUCCGUCUCCCCUUCGAGAUCCGCCUCAUGAUCUACGCCCACCUCCUCCUCCCCUCCACUAGCGUCUCAUUACCCAGCACUGCCAAAAGCGUGCACGCCGACUACCACGACUACGAGCACCAGCUGACCCUAUCGCGCCCCGUUCUCUCCACAACCCCAACCCUCCAAAUCCGCACCCUUGACCCAACCGUCUCUGUCAGCCCCGGCUCCCCCCGCCUCCGCACCACCUACGCAAUCCGCCACGACCGCUUCCGCGCGCGCAUCAUGCACACCACCUAUACGCUCCUCAGCAACCCGGGGCUACAUCCCGCGAUUCUAUCCGUCUCCCACCAAACCCACGCCGAAGCGGCCGACCUCCUCUACAGCUCCUACGUCUUCGCCUUCGACACCCAUGUCGAGGCCAUCGUGCCCUUCCUCUCGGAUCUGACGCCCUUCUCCCGCGCCCGCGUCUGCAAAGUAGCCCUGACCAAGCGCGCCCUGCCCUACUGCAAGGAGUUUGAUCGCCUCGAGUGGGCGGCUGCGUGUCGGUGUCUCGCGUCCCUCGCCCUCAAGUCUCUCGAGCUGGGCGUCGUGGCGGGCAAGCCUAGCUUCUUAGGCUGGGACGACCCGGCCAUCCCAUCGCUGGAGGUCAGCUAUUUCGCGGGGCUGGACGGGCGCAAUGGCGGCGGUGGGGGCUGGGGCAACGAGGUCGUGGAUAUGGAGUGGGCGCGGCAGUUGAUGGUGAUUAAGGGCCUCAGGGAGUGCAGGGUUAGGGCGAUUGUCGAACAUUGUCCCCCGCCGGGGAGCGAUAUGAUGGCGUUUUGGGUUGCAUUUAGCAAGAGCGUCGAGGGGGCGUUUGGGGAGUGGGUUAGGGGGGUGAUGUGUGAGGUUGUUUAG